AUGAAACACCUGACAACAACAGAAGAUGCACAUGUCGCCAAGGAAUCGAAACUUCAGGCGGAGGUAACUGAUCUGAAAUGCCGAAGUAUGCGGGACAACCUUCUGUUUUUUAGAAUCCCGGAAGAACAAAAUGAAAUCUGCGAGAACACUAUUUUGGACUUUAUUGUCACCAAACUACAUAUUCAAAAUGCAAAAGAGGAAAUAAAGAUUCACAGGGCACACAGAGUGGGAGCUUUCAGACAAGACAAGGUGAGACCAAUUGUGGCCAAAUUUGCGUUUUUCCCAGAUAAGGAAAAGGUGCGGAAAGCAGCCAAUCAGUUAAAAGGAACCCCAUUUGGCAUCGCUGAACAGUAUCCCCCGGAAGUAAUGGAGAAAAGAAGAAAGCUGGUGCCAAUUAUGAAGGCGGCACGCGCAGAGGGCAAGCUGGCAUAUAUUACGGUGGACAGGUUGUUCAUUAACAAACGGCUGUACGUCGAAUAG